AUGAACAAUUACGGAAGAUAUAACAAUAACAAUGCCGGUGGUGGUGGUGGUGGUGGCGGUGAUGGCAGCUUUCUGGCAGAUGCAGACACACUCGACGUUCUCGGACAACUAUCUACAGAGGUCGGCGCCGGGUUUAGCAAGCCACAACUGGCCGCUGCCAUGCACCUGCUGCGGCUAGGAGUCAACCCCAGCGCACUGGUUGCCAUCACACAAGAGCUGCGCCGAAUGACACACAACACGCCGCCGGUUAUCCAGCCCCCUGUACAUAAUACAAUGGCUACGCUUACGGCCCCAGCAGCCGUCAUCAGACGUACGGACAUCAGGGAUUUCCUCUGGACCGCCAAUUUACUAAAUAUAUAA